AUGCGGUUUACAAAGUCCUUGGGGCUUUUGUUUGGUGCUGCUGUUUGCAACGCGCAGAUUUCGAAGCCGAGGGCCGGGGAUGUCUUGCAGCCAAACCAGCAGUUCGAGGUUGAGUGGCAGACCGCGGGCUUGCAACCCCCAAUCAACAUUGACCUGGUUCCUAGUGGCAAGACAGACUUGUCAGUCAUUGCCGAGAAAAUUGCUGUGCAAGUCGACAACGUCGGCCGUCUGAAUUGGAAUCCUAGCGCCUCCAUCACGGCCUUUGUGAGCUUCGCCAUCGUCAUUACGGAUUCCGUCCAGGCCGUUGUCGUUUCCGAAUCAUUCCAGAUCAGCCAGCUCACUCAACAACCUGUUAACCAGACGAUUCUUAGAGAAGACUCGGCUCAGGUAGAGACCGUCACCGUGGCUGCAGGUCCUCCCAAGGUUGUGUACUCUGGCGCUUUGCCCCCUGAUGCCGUUCCCGCCGGUAUUGCUGUCGCGGCGGCUAUCCCUACGGAGGGCGCUCCCUUCAAGCCUGCCGAGUCUGCUCUACUUGACAAGGAUCCUGCCGAUGGUGUAAAGAACGGCAUCUCGAAUGGCACCGUGCCUGAAUUUUCCCCAUCCAGACAGGAAGGCGGUGGAUCCAAGAAAGCGCCCGCUCCCAGCUCUUCCGCGACCACUGACGAGAAGGCUGCCCCUUUGCCCGAUGAACAAGGCGUACCUGGAAACUCCUCGAAACCGCUCACGAGCAUUGGUGAGAAGAAUCAAACCCCGUCGGCCCCUGAGACCACUCCCACGCCAGAAUACUCGACCAUUCAGUCCGCGCCCGCGUCAUUCCCUACACUGUCAGCUACCAAGAACCAGACAGGUUUGCCGGGCCCUGAGGUCACACCUACUCCGAUAUACUCCACGAUUGCGGACUCAGGCCCGGCUUUCCCGAGCCUCUCGGCCAACAAGAAUCAGACAGCUCCCGCAAACGCCGAAGCUACCCCCACUCCUAUUUAUUCCACGUUGCCAGAUACACCCUCAUCUUUCCCGACCCUUCCACCCACCAACAACCAGACAACCCCGAGCGCUGGGCAGCCGGCCAAGAGCAAGGCACCUGCUGCCACUCUACCAGCUGAAGUCGAAGUACCAGUCCCAGCGAAUCGUACCAGCAUCGUGCCAGAAGCUCCAGCCACCCCUUCCCUUCCGAUUGUUACUCUUCCAGCACCCAAUAACACCACGGUGCCAGCCACGUCAGCAGCUCCUUUGCCCUCGGUCGCAACUGAACCUCCCGUAUUCCCGAGUGCCACGAAUCCCUUGCUCAACAGCACCGCCCCGACUGGUUUACCGGCCAUCCCCGUCCCCGUUGCAGCCCCUUCGCCUUCGAAUGUCCCGAUCAACGGCACGGCUGAUACGAAACCGCAGCCCUUUGACCCUGCACCGGCCAUUAGUUCGAGCAGUGCUCUGCCCUACAGAGGAACCCUGCCUGCAGAUGGUGGCACAACCCUGAAGCCGAUCAAAUCCGAUGUCCCUGCGUCAACCACCGAUGGUCCUACCAGCACGUUUGGCAAGGAUUCAGCAACGCCCUUGCCUAGCAGCGGUGAAGGUGGUAAGAAGGGAAGCAAAAAGGGAGGUGACGGUGGAAGCGGAGGCGGAAAUGGAGACAAGAGCGGAGACAAGAGCGAUUCCGACAAUAGCUCCGGAAAGGGUUCUGGUGAUGGUUCCGACACUGAGUCCGAUAGUGAAUUCGGCUCCAGCAGUGGCAUCGACACAGACGGCAACAGAUCCGGCACUUCAGACUCGGCGGCCAUCGUACCUACGCCUCAGCCUCAGCUUGGUGGCUCGUCUGGCGCGACCCGGGUCAUCCAGAUUGGUCCCAUCAUCACAUUGCCGUCUUCCCUUUGGACCUCGAUGAUUCUCGCGACGGCGGCUGGUGUUGGUGCAGCGGCCCCGACUGGUGGUUUGUUUGCGGUUGCGGCCUCUCCUGCUGUGCUUGUGUCUUCUGCAGGUUUUAGGACGACUGAGGGCGAUUAUUUUGCUGCAUUUUUGAGUGCUGUGACGGUGCUUGUGGUUACCGUGAUGUAG